UAAAAGUCAACUUAUACUCUUUAGCCAGCUUUUUAUUCUUCUUCUCCUCGGUUUCUUGUGUUUUUAGUCACGAAAUUGUGGCAGGUAUUGAUUUACUCAAUUAAAAAAUAAGAAAUACAAAGAAUCCACAUUGGUAAAGCCACAAAAAUGAUUAGAACAAGUACAUAAGUCAAUGUUGGAAUUUUAUAAAAUUAAAGCACCCACCUCGUUUCUUGGUGCUUAAAUCCUAAGAUUCUCCUUAAAAUCAGCAGCUGGGAUUAAAAGACAAGUUUCUUGCUAAGCCAUUCACAAAGUAGGAGGAUAAACCAUACAUAGCUGAGCUGUAUAACGCGUCAAAAAACCACAUAUAUAUAUAAUUAUUUAGUUGGCAAUCCCUUCUCUCCCCUCUUAAUAAUUUUCUGCUUCAUUUCAUUUGCAUGAAUCAUAUGCAUGAUCGGGAACAUGGGUUUACAAAGCGAUGAUAAAGCAGCAUCAGAAACUAUUUUGGAGAACGUUUGGGCCAACUUUAUUGGUGGAGUUGGACAUAAUAUUGAAGAAACAAGGAAUACAAAUGCAUCAUCAGAAUCUUCCAAACCUUGGGAAGAAUUGCCCUACCUUGAUGGGGCAGAUGGAUCAAUGGAGAUUCUACAAAGGCUACCAAGCCUAGGGAGGUGGAUAUCAAUGGGAGCUGAGACCUGGGAAGAACUUCUUGACACUACCAAUAUUCCAGCUGCAACAAAUAUGGAACAGAAACAGAGUGACAAUAAUAGUUCAGAGAGUAAUUUGAGUUCCAAUCCGAACAAGGAAUCAGUGAAUGCUGCUGAGAGAGUAAAGAAAGUGGCAACAAGGCACUACAGAGGAGUAAGAAGGCGACCAUGGGGAAAAUAUGCGGCGGAGAUUAGAGAUUCGUCUAAAAAAGGAGCUCGACUUUGGCUCGGGACUUUUGAUACUGCAGAGGAAGCAGCCUUGGCUUAUGACAAGGCUGCUUUGAGAAUUAGAGGCCCCAAAGCAUAUCUUAAUUUCCCUCUUGACACAGUUGUUAAGGCUUCGGAAUUAGACAUUAUUAGCAACGACUUUAUUGUUUCCAAUCCUAGAAAGAGGGCAUCAAGAGAAUUGGAAGAAGAUGAAUUCACAUGCACCACCGGACAACCUGCAAUGAAGAGAAAGGCAAGUAUAGGAGACUUCUUUGAUGUUUUUGAGUUCCAAGACUUGGGGACUGACUACUUGGAGAGUUUGCUGUCUUCCCUAUAACUUAGCUGGAGAAAUAUGAAGGAAAUACUAUAUAUACAUACAUAAUAUACAUGUAAUAUAUAUAUAUAUAUAUAUAUAUCAAAAUUGAUUUGUAUUGGUUUUGAUCAAUCAAAAUAGGAACUUGGGUGAUCUACAAAUUGUUUGUAGCUAGUUGAUUUAGUACUCUGCAGGCUUGUAAGGUUUUGUUGCUUAAAAGAGUGUAGCAGAACAGGACUUGUACAUCAACAAUUUGGAAUUUAUUUUUCGCAGCAUAAUGUAACACGGUUAAAUUAAGUAUAUUUUUUUGGAAAUUUUUGCUUUUCAACAUGGACCAAAUAUUACAAUUA